CGUCUUGUUCCUCAAGUCAGCUUUUGAUCUAAUAUCUCCCCGUGACGGAGGAAAAGGACAACUGGAAUCGAAAUUGGGAGAAGAUCCAAGUAACUGAAGAAAUCUUGGCGAAGAGAUCUGAAGAUGGAGUGCGUGUUCGGUCUCGUUGGUAAUGGAUUCGCUAUCGUGGCGGCGGAUACGUCGGCAGUUCACAGUAUACUUGUGCACAAGAACAACGAGGACAAGAUCAUGGUCCUUGACUCACACAAGCUCAUCGCCGCAAGCGGGGAGCCUGGUGACCGGGUUCAGUUUACGGAGUAUGUACAGAAGAAUGUGUCACUGUAUCAGUUCCGAAACGGGAUCCCUUUGACUACCGCUGCUGCUGCCAACUUCACUCGCGGAGAGCUCGCCACUGCUUUGAGAAAGAACCCGUACUCAGUAAACAUCCUGAUGGCGGGCUACGACAAAGAAGCAGGCGCAUCUCUAUACUACAUUGACUACAUUGCAACUCUUCACAAGGUUGACAAGGGAGCAUUUGGUUACGGCUCAUACUUCUCUCUCUCCACAAUGGACAGGCACUACCGCAGCGACAUGUCAGUUGAAGAAGCCAUUGAGUUGGUCGACAAAUGCAUACUUGAGAUCAGGUCAAGGCUGGUCAUUGCGCCACCAAACUUUGUGAUCAAGAUCGUCGACAAGGAUGGAGCUCGUGAGCACGCUUGGCGUCAGUCUGUACAAGAUGUCACCACUGCUUCUGUCUAACUCUGUUACGUUUGCUUUUUUUUCUUUUACUAAGCUUGCAUUUGCUUUUUAUGUUGAAACUUUAAAUGGUUCAUGGAAAAUUAGUUCCUAGAUAAUGAUGCUAUGAUGUUAUUGAAAUGAAAACAUGUAUCUUAUGAGAGAACGUGCUAUGCUUUUGUAUAUGGAAGGAAAG